GGCUAUAAAUACGGCUGCGCGCAGCGCACAGUUAGACAUUUUCCCCCAAAUCAAAGGAAAGACGCAACUGAGCAGGAACUGUGGGAAUCCGGCGUUUCUCUUUGAUUUCUCUCUCUGCCUUCUUCCACAUCCAGUAGACAGAUCACUAUGUUGGCCGUGGCUGGAUUAUAUUUGCAGCACGCAGUGGUGGCAGCGGUGCUGUCCGUGCUGGCCGCACGGACGUCGGGGUCCCCGGUGGCGGGGCCAGAGCCGUUCCGAUGCGCGCCGUGUACGCCGGAGAAGCUGAGCCAGUGUCCGGCGGUGGCGCCCGGAUGCGCCGAGGUGCUCGAGCCCGGCUGUGGAUGCUGCCUCGCCUGCGCGCUGCAGGCGGACGAGCUGUGCGGGAUCUACACGGCGCCGUGCGGCUCCGGGCUGAGGUGCACCCCGAGACCCGGAGACCCCCGGCCGCUGCACUCGCUCACCAGGGGACAAGCCGUCUGCACGCAGAGCACGGAGCCCGAGCCCACGCCCGAGCCACAGAGCCAAGAUCAGGCGGAGCCGGAGAGCGACAUGGACAACGCAGCCAUCGUCUCGGACCCGGGCCACUACGUCCCCGGCCACAAGCCCUACGACCCGCGGGCGUCCGCGGACGCUCAGGAGAGCAUGAAAGCCAAAGUCAACACCAUCCGAAAGAAACUGGUGGAGCAGGGGCCCUGCCACGUGGAGCUGCAGCGAGCCCUGGACAAGAUCGCCAAAUCCCAGCAGAAGUUAGGAGACAAGUUGACCAGGUUCUACCUCCCCAACUGCGACAAACACGGGCUGUACAAACCCAAACAGUGCGAGUCGUCCCUGGACGGACAGAGGGGGCGGUGCUGGUGCGUCAACUCCUGGAACGGCAAGAAGAUCCUGGGUUCGAGCGAGCUGCCGGCGGACGCCGAGUGCCCCUGAAGAGGCCGAGACAGACGGAAGAAGCAAGCCACUGUCCUUCGAUAGCUGUUUAUUUAUUGUCCAUGGUGGUGUUUAAAUCAGGUACACUGUCACUGUGGGACUGUGGCCCCCCAGACCCCCCCCUCCCGUCCCAAAGAGUAAAAAAUCUAUUUUUGUUUUUCUGAAAAGGAGAUUUUAAUAUUGAUUCCUUCUGCUCUUCAGGCUUAUUUAUUUCAACUUUAUGACAUUUUCUUUGUUAUUUUGUAAUUGAUUCACGAGUAUUUAUAUCAUUUUUUGCCUUAUUGUUAUUAUAUUAUUAUUUUUAUUGGUGUAUAAAUGUAUAUAUGUAUCUCGGCCCUGAGGAACUCCACCGCUGAGUUGAGCUCGCUCUUCCCUUAAGGAGUUGUCCGGACGUCUGGUUUGGUGACAAACCGAGAAAGAACAAAAGCACUGAGUGACCAAAUGUUGUUUUUUAUAAUCCUCCUUUUUUUUAUUAGUUUAUUUGCUGUUGUCGUCGUUUUGUUUCUGACACAUUAUCAACUCUUGACAGUGAAUGCAGUCGGAAUCCUUGGAGCGUCUCAGACAACAUCCCCCAUGAACGCGUGGGGCUGCAGAUAGCAUGACACACGGGUAUCUCUACAUUAACCUACCUCUGAUAUUUGAGUCUCUGCCGCCAGUUGUGUUGACGUUUCUGCCAGACUUUUUUAUUUGAUUUGACUUUGUUUUAUACGUUUGCUGUCUUCUCUGACCAAGAACACAUGACCACAAAGAGCCUCAGCGUGCUCUGCUCUGUCUACAUGCUGCUGUUGGAGGGAGAAUUACUGUUUGGUGUGAGUCUGUUCCAAAGUGACUAACUGCUCACUCGUGUGUAUGUACACUUUUGUAACUGAGAUGUAAUGUAAGAAAAAAGGUGAUAUAUUUAAUAAAAACAUUAGCCUCA